UCAGUCCACUCUCGGGAGAAGUGGAAAAGGGGCGAGGGAGGCGCGUACGCGGCUCAUUAUUAAGUGCAUCCAACCUUCCGGUAUCCCAGCGCCCGAGCGGGUAUAAAAGGCGUGCCCAGAGUACGCCCAACCAUCACAACUCAGCUUCACUCCUCUCGAGUAAGCCCACUCGUCUCAGCUCCAGCCGCUCCGCAGCACCCGAAGUCGACAUCAUGAGGACCAUGCUGAUUGUCGUUGCCCUUGUCGCCCUCGUCGGCGUCUGUUUCGCUGGCGUCGUCUCCUACGGCGGCUACGGAGGUGGCGGCUAUGGCGGCGGCGGCGGCUACGGUGGCGGCUACGGCAAGUCCCUGCCCGGUCCUUCCUUCCUCAUCAAGAGCCUUCACCACGUGAGCAAGGUCAGCCACGGAGGACCCAUCCUCGCCAACUACGACCUGGGCGUCUCGUACGGCGGAGGUUACGGCGGCGGCUACGGCGGCGGCUACGGCGGAUACGGAUUGGGCGGCUACGGAGGCUACGGACUCAAGGGCUAGAGCAGUGAGCAAGCAGUCAAGCUACGCAUAGAGAGAAAGUGAGCAUGCGCAACCGUGUGUGAGGAAAUUCGAGAUCAACACCCCGAUUACCCUUACCCUCCCUCCUUCCCUUCAUGUACAGUCGCGAUAACGGGGGAAAAAAAAGAAAGAAGGGUAGCUUCGGGGCUAUGUAGCGCUCGUGACAUCUACCGUGAGUGCGUGGACUGGUGGUCAGUAAGCUUGAAACACAGCAUGUGCAGCAAUGCAAGACAUCCUGGCAGAUGACGUCAGUGGUGGACAUCAACGGCAGAGAAACCAUAGGUGAAGACAAGGCGAAGGACUUGGAAGUGCGCCUGGCAACUGUAGUAGUCACAGGAGCGAAGGCGGGUGCCGUGUCCCCAGUCCUUGCGAUCGAAUGUCCGCGCUUCAUGCCCCGUUGCGAAUCCCUUGCUGCUUUCUACAGCGUUGUAUAUUUUGUACAGAUGCCUGUGGUCGCGCUGCAAAUAAAG